AUGGCUGAACAAGAAUUAGAAAUGAUAACUGAUACAUUUUAUAGGAUUGUUGACAUGUGUUAUAAAAAAUGCAUCCCACCAAAAUAUAUCGAUGGUGAAUUAAAUAAAGGCGAAUCCGUUUGUAUCGAUCGUUGUGUUGCUAAAUACUUUGAAGUUAAUAUGAAAAUCGGAGAGGCAUUACAAAAGAAGGGGCAACAGACUGGCGUGGGUGGUUCCGUUACGGGAUUUGGCGCAUAA